CAGACGGCUGAUUGAUAGCCCGAAACCUUGGAGCUGCGUUGUUUUGAGAUGUCUCGACUUGCCGUGAGGGUGGAAGACUGUUGACAUUUUGAGAAACUCGUUCUUGCGUCAAGUCGUAAUAUGCAACAGGAGCAGUAUGCGUACUUGAUUCCAAGAUUUGCGGAGCGUCCUCCACCGUCAUAUCUAUAACCGUAACUCCAUGAGGCCGUUCCCUUCCGGGCACUGAAAUAAAAGUUAGCACGUCGACGUCGUAAAAUCUAACCAUGGAUACAUACGCUCCAACCCAUCGAUAUUCAUGAAACCGCUAACAUGAACAGGAACUGUUUAACCUUCUUUUCGAACGAGACAAUACACGCAAUCGAGCAAUGGACGGUAAUAUGACUUUUUGGUGGACAACAAACGAUGACUUCUUACCCAUGCAGGACGAGGAAAACAAAAUUGUCAUUCAAAAAUAGAAGCGCAAAACGUGAAUCGGUCCUACCAUUUAUUCGGAUUGAGCUAUUAGUACGAGUACUAGAGGUGGCAGGUAGAGUUCUACGUUCCCGACAAGAAAUCCGUACUGAAUUUUCAUCAUCAGCGUUAUUAGCCACAAUUUUUGGGCAAACGUUGGCUUCUUUAGUUUUAGGUUGUUUUCUCUUUAAAUGAGAAUGAGCUCCUCAGAUGAGAAUGCUGAAGUAUUUGAUGGAAUGGAAGCGGCUAUUCCUGCGUCUUUUGGAAAGCAACAAGUGAAACAAAAUCCACAGCUGCUUCUCAAGCAAUUUGAACGUAACAAAGAACAGGACGAACUUUGUUACAAAACCACGAUCUCUAAGGAACCAAUUUCUCAAGAAAAAUCUGAUGACGAUGACGACUCUUCAAGCAGUGAUGGUUGGUCAGACGAAAGUGAUGAUGAGGAUGUUGGUGUCCCCAGUUCUCAUGAGUUAGUUCUUAAAGAACAUUCAAAAUGUAUCACUACAGGCACGUUCGAUGUUUCGGGUACUCGAUUUAUUUCUGGCUCGCUCGAUAAUACUAUCCGGUGCUGGGAUUUCCAUGGAAUGGAUGCCUACAAUCCGAAGCCCUUUCAUGUUUAUGACCCGGCUAAUAUUGAUAUUGAGCGCUCAGGUCGAUAUCCUGUAGUGAAACUUACAGCAUCCCCAAAAAAUACGAUUCUCACCUUAUACUCGCAUUCUAAACCCAUGGUGUUAGACACAAAUGGAAAGGUGCUGGCAGAUUUUGUAAAAGGUGAUGCAUAUAUUCGUGAUAUGUUGAACACUAAAGGACAUGUUAUGGAAAUUACGGAUGGCUGUUGGAAACCACAAAGCUCACAGGUGUUCCUGACUUGUAGUGCGGAUAGUACAGCUCGUAUCUGGGACGUUGAACGGACGAAGUCACAAAUUCAAGUAUUUGUUCAUCGUACGGAUGCUGCUGCAGGCAUUUCACGGCCACAUGUGUCGGCUUGCGCUUGGAAUCCUUCAGAUGAAAACCAAAUUUGUACUGCUGUCAACGAUGGUAGCGUUCAUUUUUGGGAUCUUAGAUCUCGACUUUUACGACCCUCUUCGAAAAUUAUGCAUGCUCAUGCACCAAACACUAAUGUGCAGUCUUUACUCUUUACAAAAAGUGGUACCAAACUGCUCAGCAGGGGCGGUGAUAAUCUCGUCAAGGUUUGGGACACCCGGAAUAUCAAAACUGCUCUUGCUGUUUCUUGUGAGCUAAAAACGCCCUCUUUUGGUUCCAAUGCUAUUUUUAGUCCAAAUGAAAAGCUUGUUCUUGUAGGCAAUUGUGCCUCGAGUUCGGAAGGAUGUUUCUUAAAUGUAUUGAAUGCCGAGGACUUGAGCUUACAUGCACGUCUGUCGUUUGCUUUGCAAGGAUCUUCAGUUGGAGAAAGCAGUAUAACAUCCAUUUCCUGGAAUGAUCGGAUCAAUCAAUUGGCCGUUGGUAUGUCUUCCGGUGAUGUUCACGUACUGUUUUCGGCAAUGGAAUCCCUUCGUGGAGCUAAAGACGCUGUACUUAAAGGACCAAAAACAAAACAUAUCGAUGACAAUCUCACAAAUACUGUUUAUAUCAAUGCUUUGGAUGGCUCAGGAGGCACAUCAAAUGGAUUGGGUUUGGUUGAAGAGACAAACGAGUCCAUCUCAAGUUACUUUACAAACGCGCGAAAGCGUAAAAAUGAAGCUAGGAAAAACCCUAUCCUGUCUCGUCAACCUCAAAUUGGUCGAGUAAGCGAAGCAAUUGAUGAAGCAUCAGUCCCCUUUGCUAGUAUGCGAGAUGAGGAUCCCCGUGAAGCGCUUUUAAGAUAUGCUGAGCUUGCUAAAAAGGACCCCAUCUUUACAAAAACAUACACAGAGACACAACCAAAACCAGUGUACCAAAACGUUACUGAAGCCGAGGACCUCCCGGAUCCUCAACGCUCAAUCCGGAAGCGACAAAAAUCCGAAAAACCUUAGCAUAAAACCCCAGACACACUCAAGUAACAUGUUUGAAUAAAACAUCUUCAUAAUAAACAGAGCAAUUUCUAUUUACUUCAAAAAGGGGAAGUCUAGCAAGAUAGGUAUCAAAAAGAUUAAGUGUUUUUUAAAUAAUUAAGUUUUAGGCGGAGAUUUGAUGCUUCACCCAGCCCUCAAGGCCG